CCCAGCCCGUUACGCUACAAGAUAUGCUUUCUCCCUGUCCCACUUAGCUCCAUGAUAUGCCCCCCAGUUUCCCUAAACUCCAUCAGCCUAAGGCAUUGCAAAGGUCUCCCAGCCGCAUUACGUCUGGGAUGAUGGUGAGCGAUCGUAUCAAUGUGUCCACCUGGCAAGAGUUCUAGGCGCUCGAAUACGAGAAAGGUUGAUGUCGUCGACACGAUGGAUGUAUGAAUAUAUAAAGGGAAGUUUACAUUUAUUGGCGUGACCUGAUGUAAUAGCUACCUGCAUUAGUAAUCUAAUGGAACGGUGCACGCAAAACCCAGCAGUGCUCCAUGGCAUCCGAUCUCAUCAUCUGACAGCCUAUAAUAGUAUAGGAUGUUUCUUCAAGCAGAUUAGCACGCAGACGUUAAAUGGAUCGGCGCCCCUGCAGGAUCGAGGACACCGUCAUGCCUCUAGUAUCGAGCCUACGACAAAGACUAAUGGUCAUCCAUUGAACUACGGCGCUAUCAAAGUGGUUUUCAUUUAUUUUGUUUUUCUACAGCACGAACGGUCCCCAUGCGGCGUUACUGCCCAUCCUUUCGUAUGUGCCCUCUGUCUUUGGCUACACAAGUACCCCAGAGCGUGUCUAUACCUCGCUUUAGCUACUGGAGCCUUGUGUUUGGGGGGGGGGGGGGGGGGGUUAGGGGAAAACAGCGGAAUGGCUUACACCAAAAAAAGCUGAUCCCCGACCAAAGUCAAGUUUGCCCGCUGGAGGCAAGACGUUGAACAUUUGGUCCUCCAAUAGGCCUAUCAAGAAACUGAGGCCUUUCGGACUUACUGGUCAAGUAGAGAUUCGAUGUCAUCCAGUUUUAGACGCACCAAGAGUACACUUGAUUACUGCGUAAGAGGAUUACGCAAACAUAUCACACACUGCAUUACCACCCU